AUGACUAGAUACAAAACCGAGUUCACAUUUCCGGUUGCGUUCCCUCCUCAAGCCAUGGACAAUGUCUUAGCAGAAUGGCUCGCGAAAAAUAAGAUACCACAAUGUCACGUUGCGGAAACCGAGAAAUACGCCCACGUAACUUUCUUCUUUAAUGGUGGUGUAGAGGUACAAUUCGAUCAAGAACAUCGAGAUUUAAUUCCAUCACCCAAAGUUGCCACAUAUGAUCUUAAACCUGAAAUGUCAGCAAUAGAAGUAGCAGAAAAAGUUGCUGAAGAAAUAAGUAGUGGAAAAUUUCCUUUUGUCAUGUGUAAUUUUGCUAAUCCUGAUAUGGUAGGACAUACUGGAAUAUUUGAUGCAGCGGUGAAAGCCAUCGAAACAACCGACAAAGCGAUUGGAAUUGUUUAUAAUGCAUGUAAAGAGAAUGGAUAUAUUCUUUUUGUUACUUCGGAUCAUGGAAAUGCCGAACAAAUGAAAGAUGAAGAAGGAAAUCCUCAUACAGCUCAUACUUGUAAUCCUGUACCUUUUGUAAUGACCUCAGAUAAAUAUUCAUUCAAAGAUUUGGAUGGAGCAGGAGCACUUUGUGAUGUAGCACCUACAAUUUUAGAUGUUAUGGGACUUGAAAUUCCCAAGGAUAUGAAUGGAACAUCUUUAUUGAAGAAAUGA